AUGGUUAUUAUAGUCGGUCGGAUAUGUCUUCGGACGAGUGUUGUGGUGCUCGCCUUUGCGGGCGAUGCUUCGGCGAGGGUUGCGGGCAAAAUGGGUGGCUAUUCCAACAAGAUGGGAGGAAAAUCCACGAGCGGAAUUAACGAAGAAAUAAUUUGGAUAAGCAUAAGCAUGGCAAUAGCCAUAGCGGUUCUAAUAGCAAUCGCCUUGUGCUAUAUCCUCAAGGAGAAAUGUUCGAAGCGUCAAUCAUACAGAGAGCAGUCA